GCACGCAAUGCCACUGCCGCGGCAGUGACAGCCAGCCCGGCUCCCCGUGUCCCUUUAAAAUCCCAAACCGAGCCUAAUGAUUUAUCAAACUCCGAUUAUCAAGAAAAUGUCACGCGAAGGGCACCUUGCUAUGCACUGACGCAAAGCCGGUCUUUCCCAAGGAAGUAUAGAAAGCUUUGCUGUGAACUGGGCAAAAUCCAGUCUGACAAUUGCCCGUACUGCUCCUUCCACCUCUGCCGGCUCCGUCUGGGGCUGUUUCAGACAUGGAUUACGCCAGUCAAAGGGAUAUGAGCAAGCAGCUCGCGAACAACCCUGAAGCGGUGGCUCCCGGACCCAACGAAGGUGCGGGAGUUGCGAGAGGCGAAAAUGAGCCGCAAAACGCCCCUGUGCCAGCGGCCGCCGCCGCCAGCCUUGCCCGGUCACUGUCCAACGACAGCAAAGCCUUUCUCUCCGAGGAAGCGAAACCCAGCGAGCUGGAGAGGACCAAAGUGGGGGUCUGCAAGCUGAGCAGCACCCCGGUGCAAGCCAGCUCCACCGGCCGGAGGGAAUCUGCGGAGAGCUUCCCCUGCACGCCGGGCAAUCCCGGGGCAGCGACAGCCGGGCCGGCUGCGAUCCCGCACUGCAAAAUCCCCGCUCUGCAGAGCACGGACGGGAACGCUGCCCUGGGCCUCGGCAAGGGCUCGCUGGAGCACAGCAACGCCUGGGUGACCCUGAGCCAGAGCACCGUGGUGCUGGGCGCCGACGGCAACACCUCUGUCCUCCCCGGCACAGUGGAGGGGGAAGACGAUGUGGGGGAUGAAAAUAAAGCCCGAGGGAACUGGUCCAGCAAGCUGGAUUUCAUCCUCUCCAUGGUGGGUUACGCGGUGGGGCUGGGCAAUGUCUGGAGGUUCCCGUACCUGGCCUUUAAGAAUGGGGGAGGUGCGUUUCUCAUCCCCUAUUUGAUGAUGUUGGCUCUAGCUGGGAUCCCCAUUUUCUUCCUGGAGGUGUCCCUGGGGCAGUUUGCUAGCCAGGGCCCCGUGUCGGUGUGGAAAGCCAUCCCCGCGCUGCAAGGCUGCGGCAUCGCCAUGCUGAUCAUCUCGGUGCUGAUAGCCAUUUACUACAACAUCAUCCUCUGCUACACCCUCUUCUACCUGUUCGCCUCCUUCGUGCCCGUGCUGCCCUGGGCCUCCUGCAGCAACCCCUGGAACACGCCCGACUGCAAGGACAAAAACAAACUUCUGCUGGACUCCUGCAUCAUUGGCGACCACCCAAAAAUACAAAUCAAGAACUCUACUUUCUGUAUGAGUGCCUAUCCAAAUCUAACCAUGGUUAACUUCACCAGGGAAGGAAACAAGACGUUUGUCAGUGGGAGUGAAGAAUACUUCAAGUACUUUGUAUUGAAGAUUUCAGCAGGGAUUGAAUAUCCUGGUGAGAUUAGAUGGCCCUUGGCAUUAUCUCUUUUCCUAGCCUGGGUGAUUGUUUAUGCCUCCCUUGCUAAAGGAAUCAAAUCAUCAGGAAAAGUUGUGUACUUCACAGCCACGUUCCCCUACGUGGUCCUCAUCAUCCUGCUCAUAAGGGGAGUGACUCUGCCUGGAGCUGGCGAUGGCAUCUGGUACUUCAUCACACCCAAGUGGGAGAAGCUCAUCGAUGCUAUGGUUUGGAAGGAUGCUGCCACUCAGAUUUUCUUCUCCUUAUCUGCAGCAUGGGGAGGUCUAAUUACCCUCUCUUCAUACAACAAAUUCCACAAUAACUGCUACAGGGACACUCUGAUAGUGACGUGUACCAACAGUGCCACAAGCAUAUUUGCAGGCUUUGUCAUCUUCUCAGUCAUUGGCUUCAUGGCAAACGAGCUCAAAGUGAAUAUUGAAGCUGUGGCAGACCAAGUUUGCCACCAUCGAGACCAUCGUGACCUCGGUGUCAGACGAGUUCCCCAAGUACCUGCGGACACACAAGGCUCUGUUCACCCUGGGCUGCUGCGUGUCCUUCUUCAUCAUGGGCUUUCCUAUGAUCACUCAGGGUGGAAUGUACAUGCUGCAGCUUGUGGACACCUAUGCAGCCUCCUAUUCUCUUGUCAUCAUUGCCAUCUUUGAGCUUGUUGGAGUUUCCUACAUCUACGGACUGCAAAGAUUUUGUGAAGAUAUAGAAAUGAUGAUUGGAUUCCAGCCAAGUAAAUUCUGGAGAGUCUGUUGGGCAUUUGUGACCCCAACUAUUUUAACAUUUAUUCUGUGCUUCAGCUUUUACCAGUGGGAACCCAUGACUUAUGGAGCCUACCACUACCCAGGCUGGUCCAUGGUGCUCGGCUGGCUGAUGCUGGCCUGCUCAGUCAUCUGGAUCCCCGUGAUGUUUGUGAUAAAAAUGCAUCUAGCCCCAGGAAAAUUUAUUGAGAGGCUCAAGCUGGUGUGCUCCCCACAGCCUGACUGGGGCCCCUUCCUGGCCAAGCACCGCGGCGAACGGUACAGGAACAUGAUUGAUCCGCUGGGAACCUCCUCCCUGGGGCUCAAACUGCCAGCCAAGGACAUGGAGCUGGGGACACAGUGCUAAUGAUUAUUACUAAAGGGUGGCAAUCACACUGUCAGCCUUCUCUGAUUUUAUUUUCCCCAUUUUUGUUUUCACCCACCGCUUCUUCUUUCCUGCAGUGCCUGAAAGUGGUUGCUUAGGAAAGCAGAGCUCUGUUGUUGCACGCCAUAGGGGAGGCCUAACCAGACCACUUCCAGGUGUGGGUGAUGCCUGUGACACGUUCUGUUCCUGGGGACGCAGCAAAAGCCCUGUGUGUGACAGGUGGCACAGCCAGGUGCUGUCAGGUGAUGCAGGAACGAACAGAACCAAACCAAAAAGUCUUUAGAGAAAUGAGGUGUGCAGUCUGACCCCCUUCCCACAAGCACCCUUUGUAGCAGGUGGCUGGGGUGGGAUUUUGCUACCAGUGCAUUCCAAGGAGGGUUCAUCCCUCAGAUAUGAUGGAAGUGAGCAAAGAAUGGGAUCUCCUGUAGUCCUGAUGUAAAUCCAGCACAAGGCUCCUGUAGCAACGGGGCUGCUUCCCUACACUGACAGCCAGCCUUGACCCAUCAUGUCUGCACACCUCCUUUGUGAUUUGUACUAACUUGGAGGGGUUGUUAUGCUAUUUAAACAAGUGGAGAACCUUGAAACAGCACACCAGGAAGCAAUGCAUGGGGUGAGAACAAAACGUGAUAAUCCAUUUGUAGAAAAAUAAGAACAAAGUGUUUAAAAAUGAUCAGUUGAGAGACUAAACUGCAUUUGAGUCUAGAAGUGGUUUGGAAAUGGUGUCAGAAUGAGCUGUAUGGGCAUCGCUGUUUGAAGUCGUCUCAUAUGUUUCUUUUGAUAAUUUGACAUCUGUCAUUUCAACUAGGAAUGCCUCAGUUACACAAAGUAUCUGACAACUUGCUCCACGCCAAGUGAACUGUGAUUUUACUCACCUCACUCCAAUACUCCGAAUAUAUUUUUCUUUUUCUCUGCUUUUGUUUACAGUAUCUCCUCAAAAAGCCAUCAUAUAAUUUGUGCCUAACUUUGUAUCCUUACAAAGUGGUAAGUGUAGUCUAGUUACCACCUGAAAACAGUUAUUGGAUGUGCUGUUCAACUUCGUGACUCCCCGUUCAUUUGCCUCUAAGCACCUUUAUAUAACCUGUAACCCUUAGAUGGUGUAUUCUUCUCUUUCAGCCAAUAGGGAAAUAGCAGGACCCCCUUGUCUACAUAUUAUAUAUAUAGCACGUCAAUUCUUCAAAGCAGUAUUCUCUCUGAAACAUGCAUAGAGUAUUUUUUUCAUUAAAACAUUUUCAUUAAAUAAAACCACUCAAAUCCUCAGUAAUUAACCACUGCAGUUAUCCACACAGGUGCAACAUUAGGUGUAGAAAAUGCAAGGGUUGAGGGGGAAAGGGCAAUUUAGUAGAGGGCCAUCAUAGCGUUGCAUAGCAUCCUAAAUCACUACAUUUUAGAAAUCAGAUAUAUGCAAUCAUAUGAAUAUUAGACUUAAAUAGUUUUGUUACCUAUUGGACAGAGUAAAAAAUAGAGCUUUUAAAGAGUACAUUUAUUUACCUAAAUAGAAAAUUAGCCCAACUUAUUGUAAAUGCGCUAGAAUGAGGGAGAAAAAUAUAUCUUCAAUAAUUGGCAAAAAUUAACCUUUAUUAUCUUGUUAUAUUCUAUACAUACAUAUAUGAUAUUUUUUAACGGUGAUCAGUGUUCAUGUAGUGUGUGCUAGUGAUGUUUUAUGUCCUUAUUAAUAUCUUACCAAUCAGUGUAGAAAUAAUGAGCUUAGUAGUUUAGCCAGUUUUUUCCUCCCCACAGACACUGCUGUAGUAGCCUGUAAAUGUUCUUUCCUUUCAGGGGACUGUUUCUAUUCCGUUUUUCUGUCUGUCUGUCUGUCUUCAUACUACAGGGUCUCAGGUAAAUCCUCAGUUCAUGUGUGUCCGUAGAUCAGUAGGUGUGCUGUUUUCAUCCUGUUGAAGAAAACAAAAAGCUAAACCUUAAAGUAACACUUCCACAAAUUGUUAACUCCUUUCCUCUGUGUGUGUGUAUAUAUAUAUGUAUAUGAAAUAUAUUAAUAAUCAUUUUGCUGAACUUCCUCUUUCACGGGGCAAUUAGUGUUGCCAGUCCUAGGCACUGCUGGGAAUCUUUAAUCCUCACUCAGAACAAUGAAGCACUAUCAGGGCUUGUCAAGCAGGGCAGGGAGGGCAGGUUCCACAAUAUCUUACACUGACCCCUGAAUCUCUGCUCCAUGGGCUCUUGCUGGUCCCUGUCCCACACAGCAGCAGGACAGGACCCUCCUGUGGCCUUCUCUGCCUUAAAGCUGCUCCCCUUGCUUCAGCUUUGCCUGCUAUUUUAACAAAAGACUCGCUAUUCUUACCUCCAGCUUUUAUUUUCCUGGCAGAGGCAGGUUUGAGAAGCUGUGCUCUGUCUGAAGGUCCACAAAGAUGAGCUGGAAAUUUGGUGCCCACUGGGUGGGGCUGAGGGACCUUCCCUGGGUGCAAAA